AUGGAUCGCAUUAAGGAGCAGCAUGGCCGAUUUCCGAAAAAAAUUGAGCGGAUACAAGGAAAAGAUACUGCAGAAACUUCACUUGUCAAAGGAGCAAAGAAAGAGCUUGUAGAAAGACUGAAGAUGUUGAAAAGAAAAACUAUUGAUAAAGUUUUACCGACGGGAGACUCGAUUGAAGAGAUCAAUAUAAUGAGCAAAAUUGCAGGCGCACUCUUCCAGGGAGAUAUGGUCCUUUCAAAAGAGCAACAGGAACAAAUUACUGCGGACGUAUUGGGAACCCGUUCAAAACGGCAAACUAUGUGCCCAGGUUCAAGCGUAUUCAAAAAAGCUGCACAACAAUGGAUGUCUGAUACAUGUAUCAACUUCAUACCGAGCCAAAUUCGGUAA